GACACAAUUAGACAACGCCUUUUCGCGGAGACUGGUUUAACCUAUAUUAAGGCCGUACAGCUAGCCCUAUCAUUGGAAGCGGCCGAGCAGGAUGCAGCAAUGGUGGAACGCCCGAGUGUGAGCGAGAAGGGCGAUGCGGGAGAGAGAGCUGAGACGGUACAUGCGCUCACAUCGUGGCAGCCGCGUGGCGGUAAUGGCGUUAACAAAGGAAUCUGUGCAGUAUGCGGAAAGUUAGGUCACCGUGACGUCCAAUGUCCUUACAAAGAUUUUCAGUGUAACAAAUGUGGUAACACAGGUCACUUAAAACGCGUGUGCCCUGCAAGGAUGGCAGGAGGUAAUGGCAGCAGCGCCCGUGGUUCGGGCGGCAGCGCUCGUGGGUCGAGCGGCAGCAGCGGCGGCGGCGCCCGGCGCCUGGGCUCCGGCGCCCGCAGGGGCGCGCGCCGCCCCAGUCGCGCCAUACACCAUGUCCGGGCGGAGGAUGGCGAGACUCAGUAUGAAGAAGAGGGUACGUCGGGGUCCGACGUCGAAGAAGACCGGUAUCAUCUCUGCCUAAACGAUUAUAAAUCGAUAUAAGGAGUUAUUUAGCGGAGGACUCGGGCGGUUUAGUGGUGGAAAAGCGACACUCCGAGUGCGUGAAGGGGCUACGCCGGUGUUCUGCCGCGCGCGGCCGCUGCCGUAUGCGCUCCGCGACCGCGUCGAGGCGGAG